AUGGCAAAUGCACUGAAAGAAUUGGGUUAUACAUGGUGUUGCAGGAUCACAUUGGCUCUUGCAAGUGCUGUGCUGGUCAUUGUAAUUUCUCGCUGGUACAUAUUUCCAACUGGAAAGCCGAAAAGGAAUGGAGAAUUACAGUUGCCACCCGGGCCUCGAGGGUUGCCGUUAAUUGGCAGUCUUCUUUCUUGUGGCAGCGAUCUUCAUAGUUACUUUGGGAAAUUAGCUGAAGCCUACGGUCCAGUUAUUAAAGUUCGAAUGGGCAGCAAAAUAUAUGUUGUAGUAAGUUCUUCUUCACUAGCGAAAGAAAUUCUCAAAGACAAUGAUUCUAGUUUUGCUAACCGCGAUACGCCCAUUGCCGCAUUAGCUCCAAGUUAUGGGGGUACAGAUAUUGCAUGGAGUCCAAGUAACUCAGUAUGGCAAAACUUCGAAAAGUUCUCGCCCAUGAACUGCUCAGUAAAAAAAGUCUGGAAUCAUGCUGCGACUUUCGCAGAGAAGAAAUUCGGAAAACAAUUAAUGAAAUAUACAGGUUGA